GUAUGAGCUUUGUAUAGGACCGAAAAUUAACCGAUAUUACUAAAGCAAAGGCUCAAUUUCACGAUUAAUUAUACCUUUUUCAAGAAAAAAAAAUCAUAAAAACUCUUGAACACUGCCCAGUUAUUCGGAUUGACUGGAAAAACUCAAUCAGUAAAUAUCGCACUUGUGGAUCGUUUCGGUUUUUUUUUCUCUCUCAAAAAUGCAUUUUCUGAGUGCAUUAAUCAUUGUCUACUUGUCUGGACGUCCGACAGUGAUAACUGAAGCAUCGAAAAUCCUAACAAACUGCGAAUGCGGUCAGGCGAACACAAUCUUCAAAAAUCGUAUCAUUGGAGGUGUGGAUACAAGCCCGCAUGAGUAUCCAUGGGUAGCGGCAAUUUUCGAUGAAGACAACGAGAUCUAUUGUGGUGGUAGCGUAAUAUCCAAUCAGCACAUUCUGUCAGCCGGGCAUUGUGUCUAUUACACCGAUCCGUAUAAGCUUCAUGCAGUUCUCGGAAUGCACGAUCGAAUCAAGAGAGACGGUCACCGAUAUGAUUUCAUGGAUAUAUUCAUACAUCCGAAUUUUACCGCAUUGCAGUAUCACGAUACAUCAGAUAUUGCCAUAAUGAAAACAAACAAGCGAAUAACUUUCACCGACAACAUCAAACCGAUUUGCUUGCCACGCGACAAUAGUUACUGGUAUGAGGGCGAAAAGGCUACCGUUGCUGGCUGGGGAAGGAUGUGGUCAGGUGGCGAUAAUUCGAGACAUUUACAGGAGACAAAAGUAAUGGUUCAAACGAGUCAGGAGUGCCGUAAGACUAAGAUCGGUUUUCUGUUGGAACCGAAGACCAUGAUUUGUGGAUAUGGUAAAAAUGCUGAUGCUUGUCAGGGUGACUCAGGUGGCCCGCUUUUUGUGGAAAUGGGAUUUAAUCGACACGAACAAUUCGGUGUAAUAUCGUUCGGCAUCGGUUGUGGUACGGAAAAUGCGCCCGGAAUAUACAGUCGAGUGACGACAUUUUUGCCAUGGAUACAAGAAAUUAUCGCUAAUGCUGCUGUUUGUGCCGAUCCUGAUGCUUAUCUCGGCUAAUAUGUGAUUCCAUGGAAUUCAUUUUGUAAUAAAAAGAAAUGCAAAUAAAUAAGUGUCAGCUUCCGGAGUUUCGGUUAAGCAUUUCUCCU